GGCGAUCGGUUUGGAUCGGUAGCGGAUGAGAGGUGCUGGAAAUUUUUGCAGGCGAAGAGAGAGAGCUGCAAGCCGCCAAAUCACUGGUCCUGGAGUCGAAGCGCGCGGCCAUCAGGUCGAUGGAAGAGAGGUGCUUGAGGCUCGAGUGGAGCCUGGCUUCGCAGAGCUUGAAGAUCUCGGCUCUCGAAUCUAAGAUUGCCGCUCUCGAUGCUGAGUACGACAACAAUGUCCAACGACUGAGGGAGUUGAAGUGCGAGGUGGAGGAGCUUGAGGAGGCGGAGAAGGAGAAGGAUGGAUUCUACCGAGCGCAGACCGGCGAAAUGAAGGAUUUUAAAGAAGCUACUAACGGAUUCGUCGUGGAUUGCCAGAUUUGCUGGAUCAUUCUGUUAGCUGGAUCAAAGGCUGCAAGAUCCAAAAGAAAGGAGCAGUUGAGGGCUCACGUUCUCUUCCCCGAGUAAUAUGUAAAUUGCGAAGACGGCUCACUGGUCAAGAGCGAAAUGCCAAGAGCCUAUGCUCAUACAACAUGCCUGUAGUUAUUAUUAUGAAACACAUUAACGAUAAGGAAUCACCAAAUUAUACAUUAGACAAUGUUUUCUCUAGAAAACUAUGAAAUUAGUUGUCUAUUUGGAUGUAAAAGAUUCACAUUGCUGUGUAUUGGCAAGUACUGAAAAUGGAGGGCCAACUAUUGAAUUAUUUCGGCUUCCG